AUGGCGCCCUCUGGCUGCUGCUGCAGCAUUCACUCUCGCCGCUGUCUUCGCUUUGGGGGCCUCCGUUUUCUGCUGCACGUACACCCGGGGGCCCCACAGCCUCCGAAGGGCAGCGAGCGCUGCUGCUGCUGCAGCAGCAGCAACUGCAGCAGCAGCAACUGCAGCAGCAGCAGCAGCAGCAGCAGCAGCCAGCAGCAGAAGAACGAGCUCCGGGAAGCCGCAGGGGCCACUGACACAGACACAGAAGCAGCAGCAAACAAACGGCAGCGGCGCUACAGCCUAACCAAUUCCACGCUGCAGCAGCAGCAGCAGCAGCAGCAGGAAGAAGAGCAGCAGCAGCAGCAGCAAGAAGAAGAGCAGCAGGAAGAGGAGCAGCAGCAGCAGGAGGAAGCGGAGCCCGAAGAGCAGCACCAAGAGCAGCAGCAGCAGCAGCAGCAGCAGCAGCAACAGCAGCAGCAGCAACAGCAGCAGCAGCUGCUGCUGGGCAGCCUAGAAGGAGCCCGGCGGGUCCGCCCCCACACCCCUCUAGCCCACAAGCAGCGCUCCUACAGCAGCAGCAGCAGCAGCAGCAGCAGCAGCAGCAGCAGCAGCAGCAGCAGCAGCAGCAGCAGCAGCAGCAGAAUCAGCAGCAGCAGCAGCAGCAGCAGCAGCAGCAGCAGCAGCAGCAGCAGCAGCAGCAGCAGCAGCAGCAGCGCGGGGUUUGUUCCCGCUGCUGCUGCAGCAGCGAGGGCCCCCUGGGGGGCCCCCCGGGAGGCGGCCCGCAGAGGGACAGCCCCUGGCUCGACCUUCAGGGGCCCCCCGGGGGCCCCCCCAGAGAGGCCCCUAAUGCGGGGGUUCUCUCUGGGGGCCCCCCCGGGGGCCCCCGAAGGCCCCCUGGGGGCCCCCCCGCUGCUGUGGAGUACCCCUUUUGAGGCGCUGGAGGGGAUGGUGCCGAGCUGGAAAGAAAGGAAAGAGUUGGGAAUAAAAGAAAAUGAUGGAUUUGUUUGUUUGGACUUUUUGAGAAAAGAAAUGAGGCCCCAAAGUGCUUUAAACUUGGCCAUGGGGUACUCCGUGGGGCCCCAGGGGUGGAGGUACAGCGACAGCAACUUCUACCAAACCAGUGAGCAGCAGCAGCAGCAGCAGCAGCAGCAGCAGCAGCAGCAGCGCAGCAGCAGCAGCAGCAGCAGCAGCAGCAGCAGGGUUUGCUGUGCUUUUGUUUUUCUGCAGUUUUCAUCAUCGCCAGGAAUCUCCUUAGACUCGUCUUAG